AUGCGAGGUAACAAUUUCAAUCGACCAAUGCGACCAUAUGGCAUACGAGGUAUGGGUCCUAGGCCUGGACCAUUGGGAGCCUACUGUAAUGACAGAGGUGAGAGAGGGCGAGGUGGUGGACCACCAGGUGGUUAUCCACGGACACCUUUUUAUGCUGGUUACUCUGCAAACAUGGCCAUGGGUGGCGUACCGAUGAAUCAAGCUUCCGGAAUGGUUCCUUUCCUGGCUGGUGUCGCUCCUGAAGAAGAACUUUGGGUAGAAACGAAAUCACCGGAAGGUAAACCAUAUUAUUACAAUGCUGUAACUCGUGAGACGGUUUGGGAACGACCGGCUACAGCAAAAGUUAUGGAGCAAGGAGAAUUACAAGCUUUAGUUGAAAAGGAUGCAAAAGAAGAAAAGGAACAAGGUAAGAAAUUUGGGUGUUCAAUUGUUUUAUUCAAUCUAUUCCAUUUAAACCAUUUCAGAAAAAAAUAUUUUCAAUGA